UGGUGGUUUCUUGGCUCACAUGGACGCUUUCACCGCGAUUGUCUUAAAUCAGUUCGGAUCCCAGUGAUCAGUGUGUCCCAGAACGAGCACCGCACUGACUCUGAGAUGAAGCCAAGGAUGACCCCAUGACACUUUACAUCACGUCUACCUACAACCAGAUUACUACCGGAUAGAUUUUGAAUCAAUGACAAUGCUUUAUCAGUGGGUGAGCGUAGUAUAGUGUGUACAAUUUUGUGAUCCUAAACCUCUAAAAUAAUCAGAAAGUGCUGGUUUGAAUCCUCCCCCCCACACACACUUUUUGAUUUCCUGUGCAGCUAAAACAGUCAGCAGGACAAGGAAUGGCUGAAGGAAAAGCUCUUUCAUCACCGGUUCACACCUUAAAAAAAAUCUAAUGAGUACCUUCAGACAUAAUCAUCUACAUUGUUUGCGUUUUGAAGUUCAUUUCUGCCGUUGUGUCAUAUCUGGGAGAAGCAGAACUACAGUGACUACAAGAUAAAGGGCAAGCUAUAAAUCCCCCCGCGAGGCAACGCUGAACUCCGAGAUGCUCCAGACCAAUAAUUACUCGCUGGUGCUGCUGAUCCAGCUUUCUCUUCUAGCCUUUGAUCUGUUUGUCAAUUCUUUCAGCGAACUUCUACGGGCCGCUCCAGUCAUCCAGCUCGUGCUGUUCAUAAUCCAGGACAUCGCCAUCCUCUUCAACGUCAUCAUAAUCCUGCUGAUGAUGUUCAACACGUAUGUGUUCCAGGUGGGACUUCUGUCUCUGCUGCUGGAGAGGUUUAGAGCACUGCUCAUCCUGUCUGCUGUCUACCUCACACUCAGCAUCUGCCUUCACUGCUGGCUCAUGAACCUGAGGUGGAUGGAGUCAAAUCGUUUCGUCUGGACGGACGGCUUACAGGUGCUCUUUGUGUUCCAGAGACUAGCUGCAGUUUUGUAUUACUACUUAUACAAGCGCAGCGCUGAGUACCUCGGAGAUCCAAGACUGUAUGAGGACUGUUCCUGGCUGCGAGAUGCUUUUGCUCGGGCUCGGCUAUGAUCCCGACCUGAGGAACAACGCAGAAACUACAGCCCGUGUCGGUCCAGAACAGAGAUAGUGGAUUGGUUUGCAGUCUGUGAUAAAAUGUAGAUUCAACACUGAUGAAGUGGAGAAAACAAAAUGACUGUAUCAGUACCGGUGGCACGGUGGUGUAGUGGUUAGCGCUGUCGCCUCACAACAAGAAGGUCCUGGGUUCGAGCCCCGUGGCCGACGAGGGCCUUUCUGUGUGGAGUUUGCAUGUUCUCCCUGUGUCUGCGUGGGUUUCCUCCGGGUGCUCCGGUUUCCCCCACAGUCCAAAGACAUGCAGGUUAGGUUAACUGGUGACUCUAAAUUGACCGUAGGUGUGAAUGUGAGUGUGAAUGGUUGUCUCUGUAUCAGCCCUGCGAUAACCUGGGUGUACCCUGUCUCUCGACCAUAGUCAGCUGGGAUAGGCUCCAGCUUGCCUGCGACCCUGUAGAACAGGAUAAGCAGCUACACAUAAUGGAUGGAUGUAUCAGUACCAGUACCACUACAGUCAAGGAACUAAGAGACUCGUAUGUAGAGCACAAGUAGACACACUUAUGGAGACUGUGCAAAUAAGAAGCACACCAAACAAAGAUAAUCUACACAUCUGCAAAAUGCACCAUAUGUAUUGUAAACAUAAUGGAUGAAAUAAAUCAUGUGUUCUAUUAGUUCCAUGCCACUAUUAGUUAGGUUUAAGGUUUUGUUUUUUUAACGCCGUUUGGCAUUCUGAAUAUGGAUGCUGCAGGAAGUAAGAAGCAUAGUUUAAAUGUUGACUGUUAUGCACUGGUCUCCCAGUCCUGAAUGAUCAACCCUACUGUAUAAGGUGAUGUUAUUCUCUAUUGUAGCUAAGUAUUUUUUUUAAUAAGAUUUUGUAUUGUUUUGGUUUACUGAGAGAAAUAAUGAUUCAGUCACAAUUAGAUAAAUGAUGACCAAAGACUGAGUGACUGUGUUUUAGUCAGUAAAAUUGAUUCAGUUGAUGUAAUUUUAUUGUUUUUAGGUGUAUCCGCUAUACAUUUAUCAUCUUUUUUUUUUUAUUAUUAUUUUGGAAAACUUUAAUUCCCAGCAGCUAGAUUCAAAAAUAUUCCUCAGACCUUCUGGUUGUCAGCAUUUCCAAAGUGCCUCUCUUAAUCAUUAUGUACAUGUACACCUAGGACUCAGGAUAGUCAUAGUGGUUAGUAAUACUGUAUCACCACAUGGUCAGUGGAUGGUUUUAUUGAUAGCUGGUUGACACACAGGUCAUCAGAGUGGUCAUCAUUGUCUGUAAUAAUAAACAUUUGACAUUACAGUACCUUGGUUGUCUCUGAUCGGUGAAAUCUA